AUGCCUCCGCUAACGAGUCAGGCCCCGGUUUUUGCCGCAGGAGCCGACACGAGCGUGAGGAUGCCUCCGCUAACGAGUCAGGCCCCGGCACCCUCUAUGACUUUUCCACCUGAUAUUUUCGCCCACGGAUCGACCCAAAGCGUGAGGCUGCCUCCGCAAGCGGCUCCAGUGGCUUCUUUUUCUGUUAAUUCUGUUCCCCAGACCCUUCAACCUUUCACUCUGGCUACCGCAGCACCAAUACCCAUCCCACCCAACGCAUUGGCCUUGGAACCUCCCCCUGUCAUCAAUUCCAUCAGGCAGCAGAUUUUAGCAGAGUUAACAUCACAUCCCAACGCUAAUUUCACCAGCUACCUCUUGAACGGCCUCUCGCAGGGUUUCAAUCCCGGCGUAUUAGCUUCUCCCACCUUAAACAUGAUCUGUCCAAAUUUGCAGUCAGCGCUCGUUGAACCCGAAACCGUCGACUUGUUAAUUCACAAAGAGGUCAAUGAGAAAUUCAUCAUGGGCCCCUUUUCCGCCCCUCCUUUCAGUACAUUUCGCGUGAGUCCAAUUGGAGUAGCCACCAGGAAAUUUUCUGGAAAAAAGCGCCUCAUUUUUGACCUUUCUUCACCACACUCUUCUCCUCUCCCUAGCAUUAACAGCCUGAUUCCGCUCGAAGAAUUUUCAUUGAAUUACCACGACAUUGAUCAAGCUAUCACUCUCAUUAAAAAUGCUGGUCGCAGCGCAUGGAUGGCAAAAGUAGAUAUUACAUCAGCAUUCAAAAUCAUGCCCAUCCACCCUGAUUUUUGGCACCUGUUUGGCAUAUGCUGGCGCAAUAAAUUCUACUUUUCCGUCCGAUUAACUUUCAGGUGUAGAAGCAGCCCCAAAAUAUUUGACAUGCUGUCAGAGGCCAUUUGCUGGAUUCUUUCCAAUAACUACGCAAUCCCCCACGUCGUACAUCUUUUAGAUGAUUUUUUAAUCAUAUCUCCUCCAGAUAAUCUCCCAGCCGCCCAUCUCUCGACAGUGCAGGGAGUUUUUCAGAAGCUUGGAAUUCCGCUCGCUCAGGAAAAAACCGCCAGUCCAGACACUUCCAUUGAAUUUUUGGGAAUCAUUUUAGAUUCUAAAAAAUUCCAAGCGUCGCUACCCAAGGAAAAAAUUGUCAGGAUCAUCUCAGUAGCUUCCAACCUGCUCGACAACCCAUCUUGCUCCAAACGCAAGUUACUCUCAGUACUCGGCUAUUUCAAUUUCGCAAUGCGUAUAAUUCCCCAGGGACGCCCUUUCAUCUCACAUCUCAUUUCUCUCUCGACAACCGUAAAUACACUCAAAGGUCUCAUAUCCCUAGACGAGCCAUGUCUUAACGAGCUCAGCCUAUGGGUAAGAUUCCUAAAGCAGUGGAAUGGCAUUUCUUUCUUUUAUGAAAGCAUGAUUUCUCAUCCCACGGACAUUCAAUUAUACACCGACGCCACCCCGUCCAUCGGUUUCGGUGGCUAUUACAGAGGCCGCUGGUUCGCGUCAACAUGGCCUAAUCAACUUUCUGAUCUCCCAGAGACCCUGUCGUCAUCUGCGCUGUUUGAGUUAUACCCCAUAGUAGUCGCUGCCUUUUUGUGGGGGAAAGAAUGGACCUCAACCAGCAUCGUCAUACACUGCGACAGCCAGGCAGCCGUACAAUGCAUCAACAAAGGUCGCUCUCAUUCCCUCACAUUAAUGCCUUUACUAAGACGUCUAAUAUGGACCGCAGCAUGUGAUCAAUUUUUGAUCUCGGCCACAUACAUCCCCGGCCGUAACAAUACAAUAGCAGACUCUCUCUCUCGAUUUGCUUUCCAGAAAUUCAGGCAGCUGGCACCAGAAGCGGACCUCCACCCAACACCAGUGCCUCCUUAUUCAACACUAAUAUUCCCAUAAAUCAUCCACUCAAAGACCUUCUUAAUACCUCUCUAGGUAACAGACUCCAAGCGGUCUCCCCAGGGAACUCUUCAAACCUAUUUGACAGCUCAGAGAAGCUGCAGAGUUUUCAUCAAUUACACCAGAUCACAG